AUGCCGCUCAAACCACCAUCAACAGCCCUUCUUGCGCUGCCCCCGCGAUUCCUCUGUCCCUCGCUACCACGCCAAUUCAUCCGAACCAUACGCUCAAUAGCACCUCCCAAAAAGCUCCACAAAUUUAAUCAUGGGAAAAGCCUGCCCACCCUCCAGGCCACCGCCAAAGCCGCCUUCGAGCGCAGAGAACACAACUUUCCGCUGCGGACAGGGGCGAUAGCAAUCAAGAAAGGCAUGACAGGAAUCUACGAUCCAACAACUGCGAAACGGGAACCUUGCACAGUGCUCCAGCUGGACCGAUGUCAGGUCGUCAGUCACAAACGACGAGAAAUACAUGGCUAUUGGGCAGUACAAGUCGGCUUCGGUACCAAAGAAGCGCGAAACGUGACGCGGCCGGAGAGGGGGCAUUUUGCCGCGCAAGGUGUUCCUAUCAAGAAGGAAUUGGCAGAAUUUCGCGUCAAAAAUGAACAAGGGCUUCCGGCGGUCGGGUCUGUGAUCUCAGCCGAUCUGUUUCAAGAAGGGCAGUUUGUCGACGCUCGAGGCGUGACGCGCGGUAUGGGUUUUGCGGGUGGUAUGAAAAGAUGGGGUUUCAGCGGUCAGCCUGCUUCGCACGGUACCAGUUUGACACAUCGUGCGAUGGGUUCUGCAGGUGCGUCUCAGGGAUCCGGUUCGAGAGUCUUACCUGGUAAGAAGAUGGCCGGAAGAAUGGGGGCGGAGAAUUGUACGGUGCAGAAUUUGAGGGUCAUGAAGGUGGACCGAGAAAACGGGAUUGUGGUGGUGCAGGGUGCGGUUCCUGGGCCACGGAAUUCCAUUGUCACGAUACAGGAUGCGAUCAAGAAGCCUUGGCCAGAGGUUGAGCCAGAUGUGGGCAUCACUGCGUGGGUCCGAUCUGGAGAGAGCCCAACGCCCGUGGAGGCAUAA